GUCACUCUCUGUAUAUUUUUUUUCCUUUUUUUUCCUUUUGUUGCUGAACUCUCUCUGUAAACCCUGUUUCAACGAGAAAUCUUCUCCUCCAUGGCUCACAUUUCUUUAUCUAGACCUAAUUUCAGGGUUCUUUCCAGCUCUUCAAUUUCGAACCCAAGCGCCCUCAAUUUGCUCCAUUUCUUCAGCUCCACACAAGAACAGAUUCCCAAUGAAAGCCCCAGUGAUCCCUCCGCCAGUUCUGAUGCCGCAGCACCUCAGCCCGGAGGACGGGCGGCUGUCAAUGGUGCAGAGCAAGUUAAGCAGAGAACUCCGAGAGGUAAGCAUCGAAAUCCAGAAAAAUUAGAGGAUGUUAUUUGUAGAAUGAUGGCAAAUCGUGAGUGGACGACGCGUUUACAGAACUCGAUUCGGUCAUUGGUUCCCGAAUUUGAUCACUCCCUUGUUUGGAAUGUGUUACAUGCUGCUAAGAACUCAGACCACGCGCUCAAGUUCUUCCGGUGGGUAGAGCGAUCUGGCUUAUUUCGGCACGAUCGUGAUACCCAUUUGAAAAUAAUUGAGAUUCUGGGUCGAGCUUCGAAGCUUAACCAUGCCCGUUGCAUUCUUCUUGAUAUGCCAAAUAAGGGCGUCGAAUGGGACGAAGACCUAUUCGUUAUAAUGAUUGAUAGUUAUGGCAAAGCUGGGAUAGUUCAGGAGGCUGUGAAAAUAUUUCAAAAAAUGAAGGAAUUGGGUGUUGAGAGGAGUAUUAAAUCUUAUGAUGCUUUAUUUAAGGUAAUUCUGAGGAGGGGAAGGUAUAUGAUGGCGAAGAGGUACUUUAAUGCUAUGUUGAAUGAAGGAAUAGAGCCCACUCGCCAUACCUACAAUGUUAUGCUAUGGGGUUUCUUUCUAUCGUUGAGGCUUGAGACAGCCAAGAAGUUUUAUGAAGACAUGAAGAGUAGGGGUAUUUCGCCCGAUGUUGUAACGUAUAACACUAUGAUUAACGGGUUCUAUCGGUUCAAGAUGAUGGAGGAGGCGGAGCAGUUCUUUACUGAGAUGAAGGGGAAGAAUAUUGUACCAACUGUAAUAAGCUAUACUACUAUGAUAAAAGGUUACGUUUCUGUUGGUCGAGUAGAUGAUGGAUUGAGAUUGUUUGAAGAGAUGAAGGCUGUUGGUGUGAAGCCAAAUGAUAUUACUUAUUCAACUCUGCUCCCUGGUCUCUGCAAUGCAGAAAAAAUGUCUGAAGCACGGCAAAUUUUGAUAGAAAUGGUGGACAAGUAUAUUGCUCCAAAGGACAAUUCAAUUUUCAUGAGGUUGUUAUCUUGCCAGUGCAAGCAUGGAGAUUUGGAUGCUGCUAUGCAUGUGCUUAAGGCAAUGAUUCGAUUAAGCAUUCCGACAGACGCUGGGCAUUACGGUAUUUUAAUUGAGAACUGUUGCAAGGCUGAAGCGUAUGACCAGGCGGUUAAAUUGCUUGACAAGCUUGUAGAAAAAGAAAUCAUAUUGAGGCCACAAAGUACUCUGGAUAUGGAGGCUAGUGCAUAUAACCCUAUAAUUCAGUAUCUGUGCAACCAUGGACAGACCGGAAAAGCUGAAACCUUUUUCCGGCAGCUGAUGAAGAAGGGUAUUCAGGAUGAGGUGGCAUUUAAUAAUUUGAUCCGUGGCCAUUCCAAAGAAGGGAAUCCUGAAUUGGGAUAUGAAAUUUUGAAAAUCAUGGGCAGGAGGGGUGUGUCUAGGGAUGCAGAGUCUUACAAGUUGCUUAUCAAGAGCUACUUGAGCAAAGGUGAACCAGCUGAUGCUAAAACAGCUUUGGACAGCAUGAUUGAAAGUGGGCACUACCCUGAUUCGACGUUGUUUAGAUCAGUGAUGGAAAGUCUAUUUGCAGAUGGGAGGGUGCAGACUGCAAGCCGAGUGAUGAAGAGUAUGUUGGAAAAAGGAAUAACAGAAAACUUAGACUUGGUUGCCAAAAUCCUGGAAGCCCUUUUCAUGAGAGGUCAUGUCGAAGAAGCAUUAGGACGAAUCGAUUUGCUUAUGAGUUGCAAUUGCCCACCUGAUUUUGGUAGUCUUUUAUCCGUUCUUUGUGAAAAGGGGAAGACUAUUGCUGCUCUCAAGCUUUUGGAUUUUGGGUUGGAAAGAGAAUGUGACAUAGAGCUCUCAAGUUAUGAGAAAGUACUGGAUGCGCUGUUGGGGGCGGGUAAGACGCUGAAUGCCUACUCGAUUUUGUGUAAGAUAAUGGAGAAAGGAGGGGCCAAGGAUUGGAGUAGCUGUGAUGAUCUGAUCAGAAGCCUCAAUCAAGAAGGGAACACAAAGCAAGCUGAUGUUCUCUCAAGAAUGAUAAAGGGUGGAGAUAGAAAGGGGAGUAAGAAAGCUUUUGCUUAAUUAUCAUCUCCCUCUCCUGCUUAAUUUUUUUUGCUUCAAGUCUUGAAUAACACUCGGGUUGUUAUUUGAUCCAUUAUACUCAAAUUGUAGCUUUCAUCUAUUUUAGCGUUCUUUCCUUUUCCUCCAUAACUUUCUUCGUUUGUUCAACCGAUGAAUUCUGAGGGCUUUGAUUUUCAUAAAAAGUUUCCUCGAA